AUGUUAAAAAGAUGUGCAUAUUUUUUUUUUGUAAUAAUAAUUGUAUUAGAUAAAUAUGGUCUAAUACUAAGUAGCUCAAAUAAUAAAAAAGAAAACAAUGAGUUAUACUUAACUAGAACAAAAGAAUCUUAUAAUUUUCUUGAAGCAUCACUGAAUAUUAUAAAUAAUAAAGGACCUUCAUAUAACUCUGUUUUAAACAAAUUAUCAAAUGUUGAUCUACCUAAUGUACAUCAUGAAGUGAUUAAAAAUUUAAAAUUUGAUAAAUUAAAGGAAAUUGUAAAUAUAAAAAAUUCUAUUUUAAAUUGUAUUUUAGAAUCAGUUUUGCAUAUGGUUAAAGCGUUACCUGCUAUUAUUGAAGAAAUUCUAGAAUAUAAUGAAUUUUGCUCGUCUAUUGAAACCCAAUUUUCUUUUUUAUAUGCAGUAGAUAAUGAGUAUCAAGAAAAAAUUGAAGAUUGCCGUACAAGCACUACCGAUAGUAUUAUAAAUAGUUAUUUUUCUUUUUAUUUAGAAGAUAUAGAUUUAAUUGUGAAAAAGUAUAAAGAAAAACCAGGAGAUAUUUUUAAUAGAUUUGAUAGUAUAGUAGAAUGCUUGGAUGAAUUUUACAAAAAAGUUACUAGACCUUUUAAUGAACAUGUUAAAGAAACGGAACUAUUUAAAGAUUUUAUGACAAAAUAUAUAAAACCACCAGGUUCAACUUACGUAGAUUACUUAAAAGCUUUCCUUGAUAAUUUUGAUUCGAACUGGUCUAAUGAAAAAAUAACAGGAUUUUUUGAUGAACUAUAUUAUAUUUAUUCAACAAAUAAUUCAUACAUUUCUUGUUUUUAUCUAAUUUAA